CAGUACCGCCCACUGGUACGUUAGCAGAACGAAGCUAUUCCGCCCGGCCCUUUGCCAUCACACGCAUAAGCGCCACGCCCUCGACAAUGUGGCUCCUCUGGUCCCUGGCCCUCCUCUCCGCCUACCUCCUCCUCAGCACAAUCAUCUCCCUCGCGACCAACUACGCCGCGGCCUGCAGGACAGGCCUCCCCAUAGUCAUCAGCCCCGUGUCCAAGUUCAACCCGGCAUGGCUCAUCACCCAGCGCCGCCUCGCGCCCUGGAUGCGGGCACGCCUGCCCCGCGCCCUGGGCGCCUGGACGCGCCACAACACGCUGAGCUGGUUCUUCGACGACAAGUACCGCCUGUCCCGGGACCUGGGCAGCCGGUCCUGGCUGCACGUGCACCCGGGGGGCGUCGAGUUCCACUGCGCCGACCCGGCCGUCAACGCGCAGGUGUUUGGGCGCCGGGGGGACUUCGACAAGCCCCCCGAGGUGCUGGACGUCGUGGACAUCUACGGGCCCAACAUCUCGUCCGUCGUGGGCGCCGAGUGGCGCCGGCACAGGCGCGUCACCGCGUCGCCGUUCAACGAGCGCAACAACCGCCUCGUGUGGGACGAGGCGCUGCGCCAGGCGGGCCAGCUGGGGCGGUGCUGGGGCGGGAUGGGCGUUGGGGGGUUUAACUCGACGGCGGAGGAUACCGUGGCUGUGUCGCUGAAUAUCCUCGCGACGGCCGCGCUGGGCGAGUCGUGGGAUUUCGUCCCGCGGGCGGUGCGGGAUGCGGAGGGAGAGGGGGCGGGUGGGCAGAGGCACGCGGCGAGCUACCGCGACAGCCUGCACGUCCUCCUCGGCAGCAUCCGCACGCUCGUCCUGACGCCCAAGUGGGUGUACCGGCUGCCGGCGUGGUGCAUCCCCUCGGCUUACAUGCGGCGGUUCGUGGAGACGCGGCGGGUGUUUGGGCGGCACAUGGAGGAGAUGGUGAGGUCGCGCAAGGCGGAUAUCGCGUGUGGGAACCUGAGGACGGACGACUCUACCUUCCUGAGCGCGCUCGUGCUCAAGUCUGAGGAGGUGCGGCGGGAGGAGGAGAGUUGUAAGAAGCAAGGGGCUGCUGGCGGUGGUGGGAAGGGGGCGAGCCUCAGCAACGAUGAGCUCUAUGGCAACCUCUUCACUUAUAACCUGGCCGGGCACGAGACCACGGCAAAUACCCUUAGCUAUGCUAUUUACCUGCUUGCUGCGUUCCCCGAGUGGCAGGAGUGGGUGCGGGAGGAGGUCGAUGCGGUCUGUGGACGGUCUGAUGAUGGGCAGGCCAAGACGGCAUAUGAGGAUGUUUUUCCCAAUCUGAAGCGCUUGCGUGCGUUUUUGUUCGAGACACUCCGUCUGUACGCCCCAGUACUGAGCAUAAACAAGGCCCCCGUCGGCCCUACCGGCCAAGAGCUGCUGAUAGAUGGCCGCUCCGUCCUCCUGCCGCCAGGAACGACAGUAGCUCCCAACGUGAUGGCGUCCCAUACGAUGCCCGAGCACUGGGGGGAAGACCACAUGGUCUUCAGACCCGGGCGCUGGAUCGACCACCAGUCCAGUGCCGAGGAUGGGGUCUCUGAGGAAGUGCUUCUCGACCUGCCCGCAUCAGCCAGAGAAAAGACGAUAGGCCCCGACGGCAGGGGCAUCACGUAUUUCCCCUGGUCCUCCGGGGGCCGCGUGUGCCCGGGCAAGAAGUUCUCGCAGGUCGAGGUGCUGGGCGUGCUCUCGAGCAUCCUGCGGGACUACAGGAUUGAGGUUGUCCCACAGGGUAUGGAGACUGAGGAGCAGGCUCGGUGGCGGUGCGCAGAGGUUAUUGAGGACAGUGAGACUCAGAUCACUCUACAGAUGAGGCGGUCUGAUACUGUCUGGUUAAGGGUGGUGAAGAGGACACAGGAUUAG